AUGAUCUCUCUUCCUUCCAGCAUGUGGGCCCAGGCUCUGGCUGCUCUGAGUCUGCUUAUUGUGAUAAAACUGAUUUCAGAUGUGUUCUUUUCGCGCUUGAGGGCCAUACCUGGCCCAGUCUUGGCCAAGAUCACUGAUUUUUGGCGCGCGUUCCAUGCAUAUGGUGGACGCAUUGAUCUAAAGAAUGUUCAAUUACACCGCAUAUAUGGCACAGCGGUGCAAGUUGGACCCAAUUGCGUGAGCAUAUCAGAUCCAAAUCUGAUUCGGACGAUUUACUCCACCCGCAAGCCGUGGAAAAAGGCCGUGCUGACCUAUCAUAAUCAUGUAAAGAGUGAUAUGUACCGCCCCAACGAUGUACUGAUUGAAGGUCAUCGACUGUCGAAUCUCUUCAACACUCAGGAUGAAGAUUGGCACAACCAAAACAUCCGACCUAUUCGUAGCCUUUGGUCUAUGACUAAGGUUCUGGAAUACGAACCGUUGAUCGACGAAACAUUAACCAAAUUUGUGGACAAGCUAGCGCUGAAAUUCGUCGAUGGCGAUAACGCAGGAAAGGUUUGUCCCGCAGAUGAAUGGAUUGGUUUCUUCGCCUGGGAUGUCACCGCCAACUACAGCUUUGGUCGGCACUAUGGAUUCAUUGAUCAGGAGAAGGAUGUCAACAAUCUGAUCACAGAUUCGACAGCUGGUCUGAGAUACUUCGCACCGGUCUCUCAGGUCCCAUGGAUUGACAACAUCCUCGACAAGAAUCCGAUUAAGCGCAUUGGGCCCAAGCCCACCCUGACCGGCGUCCUGUACGCCUUCAAGGUCGUCGCCGAGUACCAGGCUGAGCUUGCUGAGAAGAAGCUCUCCACAGGAACCGUCGACCACACGCUCGACAAAUACGUACAGCUGAAAGAAACGUACCCCGACAUGGUCGAUGACAACCAGAUCGUCAACUGGCUAAUGCUGAGCAUUCUUGCUGGAGGCGACACAAGCUCGGCUACCAUGCGUGCUGUGCUUUACUACCUCGCCAAGUCACCCACUGCGACGGCCAAACUUGCCGCUGAACUCAAAGCCGCCGGUAUCUCUGCCCCUGCUCCCUGGAAGGAGAUUCGCGACUUGCCGUACCUGGAUGCUGUCAUUCGUGAAUCUCUACGCGUCAACCCCGGUAUUGCCAUGAUCUUCGAGCGUGUCGUUCCAGAGGGUGGGUUCACGCUUCCUGAUGGACGAUAUCUCCCUGCAGGCACCAAGGUCGGAAUCAACCCUUUUGUCACGAACCGUGAUUUCGGAGUAUUUGGAGAUGAUGCCGAUGACUUCAACCCCGACCGCUGGCUGCAGGGUGAGGAUGAAAGCCCGGAGAACUAUGAGAUUCGCCAGCGUCGGAUGAAGGAUACUGUUGACUUAUCUUUCGGUGGCGGAGGCCGAAUUUGCAUGGGCCGAUACCUCGCUAUGUUGGAGAUCAAAAAGUUGAUUGCGACACUGUACAGCACGUUCGAUAUUCAACUGGUGGACCCCAAACAUGAAUGGAAUUAUCAGAAUGCCUGGUUCGUGUAUCAGUACGAUAUGCCCAUGGUCAUUCAGCGCCGUUGA